AUGUUCGAAAAAGUGGUAAAUGUUAUCUCUGGUGGUUCAGAUAUCUGUGGACUAACUUCUUCUGCAACUAAAAAAAUCAACAGGGGCGAAUCUGAAGCCGUCAAAGAGGGGAAGACCGAAGACGAAAUGGCACUCGAAAAAUCAUUAGCAGCAAUGUCAAUCACCUUCGACGACUCAGAUUCAACCAACGCACAACAGGAACAUCACGACGGGCUAGUCAUAUCGCUCCCAAUAGGCAACGCUCUAAUCAAAAGGAUAUUGAUCGACAACGGUAAUUCAGCAAACGUACUGUUCUUAGAGGCUCUACAGGAAAUGGGACUUGAAGAAAAGAAUAUAGUCAGAAGGUCGACGGUCUUAGUAGGUUUCAGUGGAGAAUCGCUGCGGACAAUAGGGGAGAUAUCGCUGCCCACGUACGCAGAAGGUGUUAAUGUGAUGACCAAGUUCAACGUCGUCGACUGCCCAUCAGCAUACAACGUCAUCCUAGGACGACCUUGGAUCCACAAAAUGAAAGCAGUGUCAUCAACAUACCACCAGUCAAUCAAGUUUCCAACCAAAUGGGGGGUCAUGGAAGUCAAAGGACAACAAAGAGAAGCGAAGAAAUGCUACGAAACAGCGCUGAAACCAUCAAAGUCAUCUAUCUAG